AUGGAAUUUCUGUUGCAGAGAGAUAUUUUUGCCAAUAGAGCGUCUAUCAUGGGGAUGGGAUCCUGGGGUACUGAGAUGGCUGGAGCACUCGUUAUCACGAACGUGUUCGCCGGUCCGCAACAUACAGAUGUGGAUGAUACUGUGGUGAGCAUCCCUGUGACACGUGCUAUUGGAACCUUCCCAUCUGCAAACGUGCACAAACCCACGGCUGUAGUCCAGGUGACCACCACAACCAGCGCUACCCAGUCGCCCAGUACACCGGCUAAACUUCUUCAGUUGGUGUCCACACCAUCGAUUCCUUCGCCCCAACUUACCACCAAUCUAACCACUAGCGAUAAGCUGUUUGAUCGCCGCCCCAGUGGAUCUGCAGUUCUAUCCACGACUUCUUUGAAUGUCUCCGGUACUGGUUCAACCUUUGUGGAUGUUACCGAGACACCAACCAGCACUGUUCAUCCUUAUCGGUAUGCCUUGCUCAUAGGUUCCGCUGAUGGAAAACGUUAUCUAGUCCUCGGAAGUCAAGGUCUAUUCGAGAAAAACAGCGCUGGUUCGUUAUAUUUCAAUGUGUCCGACGAAGCGUUGACCGAACAGACUGAAGCAAUCGAUGCUUUGCAAUCUCAGACGGAAUUGCCC